GCAGCGCGGUCCCUGCUGGGUUGACCCGGAGCCCGGGGACGCGCGGUAGGCGACUGACACCUCCGCGGGGGUUCGGGGAACAAAUUCACCACCCCGAGAAUCCCGGGAGGGCACCUUCCACGGGGGUGGGAGGCAUUUCCUUCCAGCCGGCGCGGUGGGCUCCUGGCAGCAGUUCACGCGGACUUAGUGAGUUCAAGGCGCGCUCUUGGGAGGCGCGGAGCCGAGCUGGGGUGAGGGCGCUGCCGAGCUCGGAUCCCAUCCACCAGGGUGACACCCUGGGGCCCAGGCGUGGCUGGGACUCCCAGCUCGGGUUCUGGAGGGCGGAGACGAGAAACCUCAGUAUUUCUCAUCCGUCGCCCUGCACCUUCUCUCAACUCGGAUUCGGCUGCCAAGUGCCGGUGGCCGGAAAGACUAUCCCGAGAAGCGGAGCAUCUGCGUCUGACUUGCCCCUUCUGAGGGUGUUGGGGUUUGCUCUGGGUCCCUGGGACGCCGGGAACUGGCCGAGGCUGCUGAAGAGCGCUGGAAAGUGCCCGACCGCCCCGCUGCGCGCCGGCCGCCUUGGGAGUUCGCGCCGAGUGGCAGGGCUCACAGAUUUGGAGUCCCGAGGCUGCUUCUUGAUUUGGUGCAGUAACACCAGGUGUCCCAAGACAGCCCCAAGACCUACUGGGGCUGCCUCCUCUGCACAAACUUCUGAUUCUGUUACAGGAUCGCACUCGCCUUUGAAAGGCUGGCACAAGCCGCAGGCUCCCAGCACUGAGGACCCACGCGGUGCCCCCGAGAGCUGCAAGAGCAGACACUGAGGGGUGCUUUCUGACGCGGUGGCCCCCAUGCUCCUAUCAUGGCUGACAGGACUAGGGGCUGGAAUGGUCUUCCUGCAUUUCUUGCAGAAACACCUAUUUCCUUACUUCUGGGAUGACUUCUGGUACCUGCUGAAGGUGGUUCGCUAUGGAAUUCGGCUGCAGAUAAACUGCUCUCGCGGGGAGCUGGUCACUGUCCUGGACAAGUUCCUGAGAAAUGCCAAGAAGCAGCCCGAGAAACCGUUCAUCAUCUAUGAGGGGGCCAUCUACACCUAUCAGGACGUAGACAAAAGGAGUAGUAGAGUGGCCCAUGCCCUCCUCAACCAUUGCACACUGAAAAAGGGGGACACCGUGGCUCUGCUGAUGAGUAAUGAACCUGACUUCAUUCAUGUGUGGUUCGGCUUGGCCAAGCUGGGCUGUGUGGUGGCCUUCCUCAACUCCAACAUUCGCUCCAGCUCCCUCCUGCAUUGCAUCCACAGCUGCCAGCCCAGGGCCCUCAUUGUGGGCGCAGAUUUACUUGGAACUGUAGAAGAAAUCCUUCCAAACCUCCCAGAAGAUAUCAGCGUUUGGGGGAUGAAAGAUUCUGUUCCAAAAGGUGUAAUUUCACUCACAGAGAAACUGACCACGGCAUCUGACAAGCCUGUGCCACGCAGCUACCAUGUCACCUCAAACCUCAAAUCUCCUUGUCUUUAUAUCUUUACCUCUGGAACAACAGGUCUACCAAAAGCAGCUGUGAUUACUCAACUGCAGACUUUAAAGGGUUCUGCUGGAUUGUGGGCUUUUGGUUGUGUUGCUGAAGACAUCAUUUAUAUAACCCUUCCUCUGUAUCAUAGUUCAGGAUCUCUCCUGGGAAUUGGUGGAUGUAUUGAAUUAGGUGCUACGUGUGUGUUAAAGAAGAAAUUCUCAGCAAGCCAAUUUUGGAAUGACUGUAAAAAGUAUAAUGUGACAGUGUUUCAGUAUAUUGGAGAACUCUGUCGCUACCUUUGCAAACAGCCUAAGAGAGAAGGCGAAAAGGAUCAUCAAGUGCGUCUGGCAAUUGGAAAUGGUGUAAGGCGUGAUGUAUGGAGAGAAUUUUUAGACAGGUUUGGAAACAUUAAGAUGUGUGAGUUUUAUGGAGCUACUGAAGGAAACAUUUGUUUCAUGAAUCACACUGGGAAAAUUGGAUCAGUUGGGAGAACAAAUUUCAUUUACAAGCUUUUUUUCACUUUUGACUUAAUAAAGUAUGAUUUUCAGAAAGAUGAACCCAUUAGAAAUGAGCAGGGUUGGUGUAGUCAUGUGAAAAAAGGAGAGCCUGGACUUCUCAUCUCUCCAGUAAAUGCCAAGAAUCCCUUCUUUGGUUAUGCUGGGAACAAGAAACACACAGAAAAGAAAUUGCUUUGUGAUGUUUUUAAGAAGGGAGAUGUUUACUUUAACACUGGAGAUUUAAUGUUCGAAGAUCAGAAUUUCCUUUAUUUUUGGGACCGUAUCGGGGACACUUUCAGAUGGAAAGGAGAAAAUGUUGCAACUACAGAGGUUGCCGAAGUUAUUGGGAAGUUGGAUUUCAUACAGGAAACAAAUGUCUAUGGUGUGACAGUGCCUGAGUAUGAAGGAAAAGCUGGAAUGGCUUCUAUUAUUCUAAAACCAAAUAAGACUUUAGACUUGGAAAAAGCUUAUGAACAAGUUGUAACAUAUUUACCAGCUUAUGCCUGCCCACGAUUUUUAAGAAUUCAGGAAAAGAUGGAAAUGACAGGUACAUUCAAACCACAGAAGUUUCAGUUGGUAGAAGAAGGAUUUAGUCCACUGAAAAUUUCUGAUCCACUUUACUUCAUGGAUUCCUUGAAGAAAUCUUAUGUCCCACUGACCAAAGAACUUUAUGAUCAAAUAAUGAAUGGGGAGAUCAAACUCUAAGGUUUUUUAUGUAUGGGAUUUUCGUAUGCUUUGUUAGGAGAGGUGAGAGGCAAGCAUGGGAUUCUUUAGUAUGAAAUGGGCACAGGGAACUCAGUUGAGCAUGUGCUACAUUUUCUUAAUAUACAGUAGCUUUUCUAAGUAAAAGCUUUCCUCUGAUUUAAUUGAUAACAAAUUUUAGUUGAUUAAUCUUUUUACUUAUUUGGAGAUUCAGCGAAGAAGUAAAUAUGUGCAUUAAUCUUGAAGAUUUUAAAUAAUAAGUGGUUAAUAGUUUAGA